GCCGAUCCCGCCCCACGUGAUGUUACGCGGGCGAUGGCGGCGCUGAACGGGGCGGUCGAGGCGGAGGGCGGCGGCGGCUGCAAACGGCGAUACCGGGCGCUGAAGAGGCGGCUGCGGCUGCUGCUCUACGAGCAGGAAUGCUUCCAGGAGGAGCUGCGCCGCGCCCAGCGUAAGCUCCUGAAGGUCUCGAGGGACAAAAGUUUCCUCCUGGACCGUCUGCUGCAGUACGAGAACGUGGAUGACGAUUCCUCCGAUUCAGAGGCAACAGCAUCGUCUGAGAACAGUGACGGGGAGGGGGCGAAGGAGCCGACACCUGCCAAGAGGUGCCACUCGCCCUCCCCGCCCCCACCUGCCCCCCCCCCUGCCCCGGCCUCCUCCGGCGCCCUUUGUGACGGCGCUGGCGCCCCCCGAGCCGCCCCCAACACUGCCACGGCGGCUCCUGAGCGACGGUCCCGAGGGCAGCGACGGCGAUGGCGGUGAUGGCGACAAUGAGGAUGAUGACAACGGCGAUGAUGAGCUCGUCAUUGACAUCCCCGAGUGAGGCAGUGAUCGGCUGUUGAUUGGCCAUUGAUCGGCGAUCGAUGGGCGAUUGGCAGCCCCGAGGGAUGGACUGGGGGGACUCAGCCCCGAGGGAUCGAUUGAGUGAUGGAUUGAGUGAUUGACAGCUCCAGGUGAUCGAUUGAGUGAUCGACAGCCCUGAGUGAUCAAUCGAGUGAUUGAAUGAUAGCCCAGAGUGAUCGAUUGAGUGAAUGACAUCCCUGAGUGGCCAGUGGAUUGAGUGAUUGGCAGCCCCAGAGUAAUCGAGUAGCAAUGAAUUAGCGAUCGAUUAACACCAGUUUGGGGAAAAAAACCAGAAUUUCAUAGAAUCAUGGAACCAUAGAAUAGUUUGGGUUGGAGGGAUGUUAAAGCCCAUCCAGUUCCAACCCCUCUGCCACUGGAUCAGGCUGCCCAAGGCGCAUCCAACCUGGCCUUGAACACCUCCAGGGAUGGGGCAGCUACAGCUUCCCUGGGCAGCCUGGGCCAGUGCUUCACCCCUCUCAUGGUGAAGAAAUUCUUCCUUAUGUCCAGUCUAAAUCCACCCCUCUCCAGUUUAUCCCUGUUCCCCCUGCUCCUAUCCCCGCAAGGCUUUACGAACAGCCCCUCUCCAGCUUCCUCAUAGCCCCUGCAGGUCUCCUCCGAGCCUUCUCCAGGCUGAACAGGCCAAACUCUCUCAGCCUGUCCGCCGUGCUCCAGCCCUCAGAUCCUCUUUGCAGUCCCCUCUGUUCCUGUUCCAACAGCUCCAUCUCCUUAUGAUGAGGAUUCCAGAACUGGACACAGGACUCCAGAUGAGGUCUCACUAGAGGGGCAGAAUCCCCUCCCUCCUGGCUGCGCUUCUUUUGAUGCAGCCCAGGAGACGGUUGGUUUCUGGGCUGUGAGUGCACGUUGCUGGCUCGUGUCGAGCUUAUCAACCAGCGCCCCGAGUCGUUCUCAAGGCUGCUCUCCAUCCCAUCAUCCCCCAUCCUGGAUUGAAACUGCCCUGACCCAGGUGUAGGACCUUGGCCUCGUUGAACCUCAUAAGGUUCUCCAGCCCCACUUCUCCUGCUUGUCCAGGUCCCUCUGGAUGACAUCCUGUCCUUCUGGUCUGGCAACUGAACCACUCAGCUUAGUGUCACCUCCAAACUCGCUGAGGGUGCCCUCGAUCUCGCUGUCAGUAUCAUUGAUAUUGAUAUUGAACAGCACCGGUCCCACAGGGACCCCUGAGGGACACCACUCGUCACAGAUCUCCCUCUGGACGUUGAGCCAUUGGCUCUUUGAAUAUGACCAUCCAACCAGUUUCCUACCCACCACCCACUGAAUCCAGAUGUCUCCGAUUUAGAGAGAAGGAUGUUGUGGGGGAUCGCCUCAAAGGCUUCACAGAAGUCCAGACAGAUCACAUCUCUUGGUUUACCCAUCUCCACUGCUGCGGUUACCCCAUCCUAGAAAGCCACCAAGUUGGUCAGACAGGACUUUGCCCUGGUGAAGCCACACUGGCCGCCAUUCAUGGCCUCUCUGCCCUCCACGGGUUUUAGCAGAGCUCGGAGGAUCUGUUCCAUGAGCUUCCCAGGCACACAGGUGAGGCUGACAGGUCGGUAGUUCUCAGGGUCAUCUUUCCCACCUUUUUUAAAAAUGGGGACAGUGUCGCCCUUCUUCCGAUCACCGGGGAGUUCUCCUGACUGACGGUACUUUUCAAAUAUCACAGAGAGUGGCUCGGCUGCCGCGUUUGCCGAUUCCCUCAGGACUCUGGGAUGCCUCUCAUUAGAGAUGUUCAGGCUCCUCAGGUGGUCACGAACCUGAUCGUCCUCUACUGUGGGAGGGGGUCUCCCUGCCCCCCAUCCCGGUCCCUGAUGCCCCUCGAGGGGUGAGGAGAACGGUUAUCAGUGAAGUCUGAGGCAAAUAAGUACCUCAGUGUUCUCGCCUGGUGAUACGUGAUCUUCCUCUUGAUGGACGGACCUGUAGAAGCCCUUCCCGUUAGUCUUUGCUUCCCUUGCCAAGGUCCGCUCCAGCUGCGCUUUCCUGAGUUCAUCCCUGCUCACCGGGGCGGCGUCUCUACGCGCGUCCCAGGUUCCUGUCCCUGCUUGCACCGCCACGGCAGCUCCUUCUCCUUUAGUUUGACCAGCCACGCCGGUCCCUUCCCGGGGAAUUUGGGGGAAAAAACCCAAACAUUUCAGGUGGGAAAAAUGUGGGGGGAAAAAUGGUGUCAAGAGGGGAAAAUGGGGUUUUCUGUGGAAAAAAAAAAUGAAUUUUGUGGGUUGGAAAUAUAAAAAUGAUAAGUUUUGGUCGAAAAAUGGUGGGGUUUGGGUGAAAAUGAUGGAAAGUGAGAGAAAAAAUAAUUGGGAGGAAAAUUGGGGAAGAAGCCCAUUUUGGGGGGAAAAGAGGAAUUUGGGGAAAAAUCAGCUUUUUGGGGUAAAAUGUUACUUUUGGGGAAAGGGAGAAAUCUCUGAAAGGAAAAUUAAAUUUUUGAAGGGAAAAAACC